AUGAGGGAAGACCUCUCUCCCCUUUUCAAGCACUACGGCAUCCCUUCGGGUUUUAUCACCGAGCGAUUGCAUGGGGUCGCUCAAUCAAGUGGCUCACGUUUCUCCCAAGAUGGCUUUCAUGCGUCUUGGAUUCAGACUCUUUGCAAAGUCAUUCCUAUUAAAGAGGUCAAGAGCCAGGGCCUUUCCCCAGGAACUACCUAUGAAAUUAUCAACAUGCAAACUGGAGGGCCGAAAAUCACAGAGCCAAUCAAAAAUCCUAUGGCUGCGCAGUGGUUACUUUCUGAGCUGGCGUCCAGCAGCAGUCAAAGAUUGGCACUGAAGGAGCGCUUUCAGAGGCAGGCUAGUAGCGACACGUGGAAACAAGCAGCUUGGAAUCUAGCAUCCGUCUUUAAGGGGAUUGAAAAGGAAAUCUUGAAUUCAGCUCAAGGAGCCGAAUGGACCAGAAGACAGCGGGAAGACGACGAAGCGGUUGAAUUCACAGGCCUACAUAACCUUGCAAAGCAUUGCACAUACCUUGAGGAGUCGCUUGAUGCCAUGGAUCUUAUACACGCAGAUCUUGCUCUGCAAUACGAGCAAUAUUUCAAUCUGUUAGGAGUGUCCUCAACGUCUUCAUUAUCUUCUUCGUCUUCUUCGACAACCCUUAACCCCAACCUGGGUAGCUACCAAAUAUCGCAAGAAUUUUGGAAAACCAAAGACAUGCUUAGACACAAGAGAGGGCUAUUCAUGUCAACCAAUUUGAGAAUCACCAGCUUGGAAAAACGAAUAAACAGUGCUAUCAAUCUGGUAUGA